AUGAUUACCGCAGCACUGGUAAUCUUUAAUCUAAUGGUGGGCAAUCCAAAAAUUUUCCAGCAAGUUUUAAUUAAACAAUUUGAUAAUUUAAUUCGUAAAAAAUUUUCUAAUAAAGAAAAUUAUCCGUUUCGUCAUUUUGUCUAUCAAUAUGAAAGAAACGAUAAUCCACAACAGGAAUGCAACUGUUAUAUUCAAGGAUUUUUAUAUUUAAAAAAUGCAACUUGUAUUGAACAUUAUUUAGAUGCUGGGGAAUUACUAAAUGGAAGAAAGCUUAAAGUCGCUAAAAUUGAUAGUGUAAAAGAAUUAUUACAAAACAACAAGAUUAAUUUUGAUAGUGUUGCAACUAUUGAAGAAUCUGUUGCAUAUU